AGGAGGACGUUGUGAUUCUCCGGCAAAAUAAAACAAACUGAACAAGAGCGUCCUGCUGAAAUGUAUUUUCCUACAAGAGGAAUCAUGAUCGUGCAUUAGACGAGCGUCACCAGCUCCUCUCACGCGCAUAUUCGUCUGUUGUACACGGAUACAGGACUGUCUGGAGCCGCUAUCAUUAAUCAUCCAUGAGAAGUGAUAGAAAGUGUCUCUGUGAUUGUGAUAGUCGACUCUGAUCUUCAGGGAUGUGCCAUGGCAUCGGUUCGGGUGGCAGUGCGGGUCCGGCCCAUGAACAGACGGGAGAAAGACCUGUCUUCCAAAUGCAUCAUCGAAAUGGAAGGAAACAAGACCACCAUCACCAACCUAAAAAUACCAGACGGAGUGACUGGAGACUCGGUGCGAGAGAGAACAAAGACAUUCACGUACGAUUUCUCGUAUGACUCAUCGGACUGUAAAAAUGGCAGCUUUGUGUCGCAGGAGAAGGUGUUUAAGGAUUUAGGCACUGAUGUUUUGAAGGCCGCAUUUGAAGGAUACAACGCUUGCAUCUUCGCUUACGGCCAGACCGGGUCGGGGAAGUCACACACCAUGAUGGGCAUCCCUGGUGAUGUUGGUUUAAUUCCACGGAUCUGUGAAGGAUUAUUCAGCCGAAUCUCUGGAAUGACUCGGAGAGAUGAAGCUUCUUUCCGUACAGAAGUGAGUUAUUUGGAGAUUUACAAUGAACGAGUGCGUGACUUGUUAAGGAGAAAACUGGCGAAGACGUACAACCUCCGAGUCAGAGAGCACCCUAAAGACGGACCCUAUGUGGAAGACCUGUCGAAACACCUAGUGCAGAACUACAGUGAUGUGGAGGAGCUGAUGGAGGCAGGAAACAUCAACCGCACGACGGCCAGCACUGGCAUGAACGAUGCCAGCAGCCGCUCUCAUGCCAUCUUCACCAUCAACUUCACACAGGCAAAGUUUGAUGCAGAGAUGCCGAGUGAGACAAUAAGUAAGAUUCACCUGGUGGAUCUGGCAGGAAGUGAGAGGGCUGACGCUACAGGAGCCACUGGUGUGCGUCUCAAAGAGGGAGGCAACAUCAACAAAUCACUUGUCACUCUGGGCAAUGUCAUCUCAGCCUUAGCUGAUCUGUCUCAGGAAGGAGGAAACAGUCAUUUGAAGAAGAAGCAGGUGUUUGUUCCAUACAGAGACUCUGUGCUCACUUGGCUACUGAAGGACAGUCUGGGAGGAAACUCCAAAACCAUCAUGAUCGCAACUAUAUCACCUGCGGAUGUGAAUUACGGCGAGACAUUGAGCACGUUACGCUAUGCUAACCGUGCCAAAAACAUAAUCAACAAACCUACGAUUAACGAAGAGUCCAACGUCAGACUUAUCCGAGAACUCCGCGCGGAGAUUGCUCGACUCAAAGCUCUGCUCGCACAGGGAAAUCAGAUAGCACUGCUUGAUUCUCCCACAGCAUUAAGUAUGGAGGAGGAACUGCAUCAAAAUGAAGCCAGGGUUUUAGAGCUAACCAAGGAAUGGACGAACAAAUGGAAUGAAACCCAGAACAUCCUGAAGGAGGACACUCUGGCCCUGAGGAAGGAAGGAAUCGGAGUGAUUUUGGACUCAGAGCUUCCUCAUCUCAUUGGCAUUGAUGAUGAUCUGCUCAGCACUGGCAUUAUUCUCUAUCAUUUAAAGGAGGGUAGGACAUAUGUUGGUCGGGAAGAUGCCACUAAUGAACAGGACAUCAUUCUUCAUGGUCUGGGUCUGGAGAGUGAGCACUGUCAGAUAGAGAAUCAGAAUGGAACGGUCACGCUGAUUCCUCUGAAUGAUGCGCAGUGUUCAGUCAAUGGAGUGCAAAUCACAGAGCACUGCCAGCUCAACCAGGGUGCUGUCAUUCUCCUUGGCAGGACCAAUAUGUUCCGAUUUAAUCAUCCUAAAGAGGCAGCUAAAUUAAGAGAGAAGAGAAAAAGUGGCAUUCUGACCAGCCUGAGUUUAUCCAUGUCUGAUCUGUCCAAUUCCUGUGAAAACCUCUCCACAGUCAUGCUGUAUAACCCUGGUCUCUUCACUGAAAAGGGACCCAUCUUUCUCAGACUGGAGUUUGAGAGGCAACAAAGAGAAGAACUGGAAAAACUUGAAAAUAAAAGGCGUCUGAUCAAAGAGAUGGAGGAGAAGCAGAAGAGCGACAAGGUUGAGCUUGAGCGCAUGCAACAGGAGGUGGAGUCUCAGAGAAAGGAGUCUGAGCAGGUGCAGCUGCAAAUACGCAGACAGGAGGAGAGCCUGCGAAGACGCAGUCAGGACAUCGAAAGCCGCCUCAGAGACUUGAUUGCUGAGAAAGAGCGAUUCCAGGAAGAGAGACACCGAGAACAAAACGAGCAGCAGAAACGGAGAAGACACCAGCAGCUGGAGGAGGAGGAGGUAAAGGAGGACCACGAGAAGACCCAAUCCCAGCGUGAGCAAGCAGAACAAACAGAGCUCUUUCGUGAGCUGGAGCACCUCAAAAGAGAGAGAGAGAAGCAGACCGUUAAACUCCAGCUGGAACGAAGACGUCUGGAGGAGCGAGAAAAGGAGCAGCUGAGUCUGGUCGGGCGUCUUGAGGAGCAGCUGAGGGAGCGCAGUGAGGAAGCGGCCACCCUGCUGACGCCGGAGGCGGCGCGUCACCUGGAGGAGGAAAGACGGACACUCACUGAGCUUAGGGAGGAGCUACUCCGAGCAAAGGAGGCACGGAUCGACGGUGAGGAGGAGGGAGGGGAGGAGGCGCGGAGGAGUGCACAGGCGCGGUACGAGCAGUUCAAGCAAGUGCAGGUGGAGGAGUUGGGUUUGCUGGAGGAGUCACUCCUGCAGCAGAAGGACAGACUGGAGCACGAGGUGACCAGUGAACGGAUGUCACUUGGCCUGAUGCUGCACACACACAAGGAAAAUCAGAGUCAGGUUCAUGAAAUGGAGCAUGGCGUGCAGGAUGUGUCGUCUCUCAGUCAGGAGGAAGUGCUGAUCCAGCAGGCAGAACACAGGCUCCAGUUUAAAGAGAGACAGCUCCUCUCUCUCUGUGAAAAACAACUGCCCGCCGUCUGUGAGGAGCGCCAAAGAGCCAGUGAACUGCUGGAGAGAGUGAAAGGAGGAAGAGAGUCUCCUGGGACAGACAGGAGUCCGGAGGAAAUGGACAAAGAGCUGGAUGAGAUGCUGUAUCAGGUAGAGAAAGAGCUGGAGGAGAAGGAGGAGCGUUUGUCUCAGUACAGCGUCAGCGCCGAGCAGUUGCAGCAGCUGCAGCAGUCGUACGAGUUCACGGCGAACGUGGCCCGUCAGGAGGAGAAGGUUCGCAAGAAGGAAAAGGAGAUCCUGGAGUGGCGGGAGAAGCAGCAGCGGGAGGCGCUGGAGCAGGCGGUCACUCGCUUGGAGAGGAGACACUCGGCGCUUCGCAGGAGCCUCAGUCUGGAGCCCGAUGCCGAGAAGCCACGCAGGAGGUCACAGUCUGCACGUGGCCAAAGCACUUUCAGAUCGACUGGAACUCAAGACCUUGACCAGGAGAGGAUGGAGAGAGAGAUCGCUCAGCUUAAGCAGAGAAUCAGUGAGAGUGAAGGAGGAAGUGGGCGGAGUCUAAGUGUGAGUGCUGAAGAAAAGAACAACGUGAACCAAUCACCGAUCAGCCCCAUACAGACCCUCCCCACUGUACUGUCUAUAAGAGAUGAGAGGAUACACGCAUAUAUUGAAGAGGAGGUGCAGCGGAGACUGCAGAAACUGAACCUGCUGAACAGAGAGAAUAACAACACACUCUCUCUGUCCUCAGACUCAUUACAGGAGGAGGAGCAGGAUAGUGAGGGUAGCUCUGUUAGAUUGACCGAUGAGGAAAAUGAUAAAAAACAUGUUGGUGCUUCCAAAUGGAAAUACGAGCGGCUGGUUUCGAUACCUCUGGAUCCGAGUUCAGAAAGUCUUAAAGAUCCUGUGAAGAUCAGUAUUCCACGUUACAUGCUAUGCGGACAGGGCAAAGAUGAACACUUUGAGUUUGAAGUCAAAAUCACAGUUCUGGAUGAAACAUGGACAGUGUUCAGAAGAUACAGUCGUUUUCGGGAGAUGCACAAAUCUCUCAAGAUGAAAUAUCCAGAGCUCGCAGCUUUGGAUUUUCCUCCCAAAAAGAUUUUUGGAAACAGAGACGAGAGAAUGAUUGCAGAACGACGGAAUCAGUUGGAGCAAUACCUGCGGAAAUUCUUCCAUGUGAUGCUGUCAUCUUUCUCUUCUCCUCUGAGAAAAGACGAGUGUGGAUUACACCUUUCCAAACACGCUGUGUGUGACAUCUCUCCGUUCUUUAAGAAGGGCGUCUUUGACUACAGCAGCCACGGAACAGGCUGACACAUAUACAAGCUCCAAUGAAACACACACACACACUCAUUCACAUGAACUUUAUGAAGCUCCCGAAUAUAUGCACAUAAAUACAAACUGUUUCACUUACAGAAGGGGCGAAUCUCACUAAAACGUCAAAUUCUUUCUUGACAGGUUUCACGCUAAUGAACACACUCAGGAAAGAGAUAAUGGUGUGUAUGUGGAGAACUUGGUGAAAAAGAUGCAAUUUAAAAUAUUUUAUGUAAAUAGUUUUGCAGUGCCUUGUAGGCAGUCAAUGAGCUUUAAAUGUUUCAAUAAAUGAGUAAAAUGGACUUGAUGACAGUAGGUCGUUGCCAUAACCUGCUUCUUACAUCUUGUGUUUACAUUGAGGACCAUGGAGCUUGUUAUUAUGGAAACCAACCAUCAGACAGGAGGUCCUGUAGCUGCUACAAGCGUGUUGUUCAUGUUCAUCUCUUUUAAGUUGCUGCGUAUGAUGAAUCGCCACUUCUUUCCUCUGUAUUCUAAGCCCUGACAAGAUGAUUGGUCGAUAUUUUUUGUGGUGAGAUUUGCCAACUAUUUCGAUGUGCUGUAAAUGCUUAAAUCAACCCAUUAAACUUGCACUCUACUUAACCGACUCCUAGUUAAAGGAAUUUCCCCCCCAAAGAAAUCCCAAAAAUGAAAAUUCAAGCUAUCUAAUGGCUUCAGAAGACUUGGAAUAUACACUCACAAGUCAUAUAGACCACUUCAUUUGUCUUUUAUACUCAACCGAAGACAGUUAAAGGGCUUUUUCAGUAGAAUAUACUGUAGUAACUGGUAAAUGUGUCCCUUGAGAAUGAUUCAUCUAAUGUUGACCACUAUAAAGCCAUAUGUAUAUGCACAAUGUAUUGGAAAAUGUAUUGUACACUGUUGAUCGGUACAGAAGAGCUUGUUUGCAUUUAACACAUCUGUUAGGAGAAAAGGGACUGUAGUGCUGUAAUGGACAUUUUUUAUAAGAUAAACAUUUCAAGGGUUCUCUAAGUAGAUAUAUACACUAGAAGGGUUUUUUCUCUACACAAGAGUAAAAUGUAUACAUUUUUAAAAGAUGUGCUAUUUUCAUUUCCUCUUUUAUUUCUGAAACUGAAUGUAAUGAUUUGUGAGGAACAGUGAUUUGAAUAUCUGUACUUUUCAGAUUUGAGAGAAAAUAACACAAAAUAACACUAUUUAAUUAAUAGUUUAUUUAUAUUUGUCAGACACAAACUGAGGCAACAUUUCAGUGGAAUCAUGUACAUUUAAGUAAAGCAGAUAAUAAAAAGUCUCAUAAAAAAAAAAGUCAU